UCCCUUUCCCGUUUCGCUUCCCCUCUCUCUCAAUAUAUCCAUUCUUAGUAUUCAAGCAAACAAUAAUAAUUGCAGUACAACAGAUUACCCCAAAAAAAGUUUUUGUAGGGGGACCGAAGUUGUGGUGGUGGUGGUGGUGGUGGCUGCAGGAACAGAGCAGAGUAGAAUUUGAAGAAGGAAAAUAGAAGAAGAAGAAGAAGAAGAAGAAGAUGUGCUGCGAAUGCGAUUGCGAAUGUCGGCCGCUGGGGUGGCUUCUCGGCCUGCCCUUCGCCUUCCUCUCCCUCAUCGUCUCCGUCGUCGGCAUCCUCAUCUGGAUCGUCGGGUUGCUGCUGUCGUGCAUAUGCCCGUGCUGCUUGUGCGUGACGGUGGCGGUGGAGCUCGCCAUCGAACUCGUCAAAGCCCCUCUCCAUGUUAUGCGCUGGUUCACCUCCCAGAUCCCCUGUUAAUUCUAUGAUUAAGGGCUCAGGGAGGUUUUUUUUCUCUCUUAUGGUGUUUUACCUCUAAUAUUGUGGAACGUUGUCAAUGUCAGUGGAUUUUACUGCUUUUGAAGAUGUGCCUUCAAUGAAAGGGUCCAUUGAUCAAAGCUUCUUUUCUUUUCCUUUUUUUUUUUUUUGUGUGGUCGAAUGAAUGGGGGAGCAAUUAAUUGUUAUCUGGAUUGCUGCCUCAAAGAUCAGGUAGGUGUUCAAUUCCUGCUUAUACCUUUCAACAAACUGUGGCAUCUCAAUAGACCUCCUUUUUCUUGUA